AUGGAUAUUUUUAAUAUAAAUGCAGGCCAGUGCAAGUCUAAUACAACUUAUGCGGUUCUAUUUUCAGAUAAAGUAAACGCACUUUCUUCGUUCAUUGGUCCAUUCAAGUAUUUCAGCCCUGGUUUGGAAAAUACUGAGGACGAAGAUAAUUUGAGUACCAGUAGCGUGGAGGUGAAGGAGAAUCGCAACGUGGGUAACUUGUCGUUGGAAGAUCACACCCGAGCCUCAAGUGACCGGCAAGUCUUUCGCUGCUCAGAUGUGUCCAGAAGCGGAGUGUCUGGAUUGAAAAGGAAAAGGCCGCUGGAGGAAGGGAACACUGAGCACAUGCACCCGAAGGUGCAGCUGAAAUGCAAGAAGUUGUCAUGGUCGGUGAUGCCAAAGAACGCCCUAGUGCAGCUGAAUGAGCUGAAGCCGGGAUUACAGUACAAGGUGGUGUCGCAGACCGGGCCUGUACAUGCGCCCAUUUUCGCCAUCGCGGUCGAAGUCAACGGCUUCCUCUUCGAGGGCACGGGGCCGACCAAGAAGAAAGCAAAGAUGAGGGCGGCCGAGAUGGCCCUGCAGUCCUUCGUACAGUUCCCCAACGCCUCCCAGGCCCACUUCGCCAUGGGCAACUGCGUCAACCCCAGUGCAGACUUCACGUCCGACCAGGCUGACUUCCCCAACACACUGUUCAAAGAGUUUGAGCCGUCGGGGCAGGGCGACGACCUACCUUGUUGCAGGCCGGCCGACGACGAUGAGGAGGAGCUGCUGUGUGGCGGCUGGCGGCGCGGACGCUUACUCCGCCGCACGCUGGGUUUAAUGGCGCCGGCCAAGCAGAACCGCCGCAAGGCGCCGCCCGCCACCGCCGCAGGAGCAGCAGCAGCAGCAGCAGCAGGCGGCGGGAAGAACCCCGUGGAGAGGCUCAACGAGCUGCGGCCAGGCCUGAGGUACGUCUGCCUCUCAGAGACGGUGGAGAAGCGCGUCAAGAGCUUUGUGAUGGCGGCGAGGAUUGAUGGGAGAACGUUUGAAGGCAUGGGACGCAGCAAGAAGCUGGCAAAAGCCCAGACUGCACAAGCCGCUCUUCAAGCUCUCUUUAACAUCCAGCCAGUGCCCAGUGGAAAACCUUGUCAAAUGCCUGGCAGGAAUAAAUGUCCUCAUUUACCACAGGAGUUUGCCGAUGCAGUGUUUCACCUGGUCACAGAGAAAUUCAAAGAGCUAACAGACAAUUUGACCUCCUCACAUGCAAGGCACAAGGUACUUGCAGGAAUCGUAAUGACCAGAGGUCUAAACAUGAAGGAUGCCCAGGUUGUUGCCCUAUCAACAGGGACAAAAUGUAUAAACGGAGAAUACAUUAGUAACCAGGGUCUAGCCCUAAAUGAUUGCCAUGCUGAAAUUAUUGUACGGAGAUCUUUAGUUCGUUUCCUUUACUCUCAGCUGGACCUACAUUUAAGUAAACAGCCAGAUGACUGGGAACGUUCAAUCUUUGUCCAUCAAAAAGAGGGAGGCUACAAGCUGAAAGAGAGUGUCCUUUUCCAUCUGUACGUCAGUACUCCACCUUGUGGAGAUGCUCGCCUGAACUCUCAUCGAGAAGCGAGGGCUGAAUUGCAACACAGCAAGCCACUGAUCAGGAAAGUCCGGGGACAUCUCAGAACGAAGAUUGAGUCUGGAGAAGGCACCAUUCCCAUCCGGUCCUGCAACCCCAUCCAGGCAUGGGACGGGGUAUUGCAGGGAGAGCAGCUGCUGACCAUGUCCUGCACUGACAAGAUUAACAGGUGGAACGUCAUGGGAACCCAGGGAUCACUCCUGAGCCACUUCAUCGAACCCGUCUACCUGCAGAGCAUCGUGCUGGGGAGCACACAUCGUAUCGACCACCUUUCCCAGGCAAUGUGCCGACGAUUGGACAGUAUCGACCAGCUGCCACCACCCUACCGCUGCAACCAGCCUCUCCUCAGUGGGGUCAGUAGUACCGGCCUUCGUCAGCAGGGCAAGUCUCCGAGCUUCAGUGUAAACUGGGCACUGGGUGACCCCGACAUCGAGAUCAUCAAUGCUACCACAGGAAAAGGGGACCUGGGAUGUUCCUCCAGACUCUGCAAACGUGCACUUUAUUCCCAGUGGACAAAGCUUUACGGCAAGCUCAGUACACGAGCCUCCAAGCUCCGGGGAACGCCGCCCGUGUACUGCGAAGCCAAACUGGCAGCUGAGACGUACCAGGCUGCCAAGCAGCAGCUGUUUAAAGCAUUGCAGAAAGCCGACCUGGGCAUGUGGGUGAAGAAGCCCCCGGAGCAGGAUCAGUUUCUGCCUGCCGCGUAGACACCAUGGACUGUCGUAAUCAAAGUGAACAUUCAGCAAAAGCAAAUUCUAAAACAAAGUAAACGCUAACCUCAAAAUCUCCCCAUUUCUUCGGAAGACAGCUCCCAUAACCGUUGCCUCAUCUCACCCUGCUCUCCCCUCGUUGCAACAGAAAAUGCUCAUCAUUGGCUCCACUGACAACAAUCUGCCUGAUGGAAGCCUCCAGUUCUCAGAGCUGUAGCUGGGCAUCAUUCACCAACAAAAGGCUGGCCCAACAAAAGACCCGACAUGAAGUCUGAGGGCAAGCAUGAAUUGUAAAAUCAAUCCAUCUAUCUAUUCCUGCGAAAAGGUGCUUCUUUCCACCUGUCCAUUUGCAUUAUGAGGUGACCAUUGAAUACGAUUUUGUAAUCACUUUCUUAUUAAUCUGAUAUUUAUAUGCUCUUGAUGCACAGGUGUUGGGGCUCUGUCCCAGCUUUGAAUAGGUGGAAAUGACAAUUAAUUCAACUUUGAUUUGAAACAAAUAGAAAUGCCUCCAGCGUUUAUCUGGAUCAGUACAGGAUGCUACUGAGGGAAAUAAGCCCCAUCUAUUCUGGAUGCAGGUGAUCUGAAACCAAAUAGCAAGAGGUUCAUUGAAGCACAACCAACCAUUUGGAGGGGACCUCAAACUGAGGCUUUAUGGUGGAGCCAAUGCGAAGCAAUAACUAAAGAGACUGAUGUUUGUGGAUAGCCUGGUUUGAGAUUUGCACUGAUACAAUUUGGGAUUGCAAUUGAAUAAUUGAUCGGGCGUUUAGCAGCACCCAUCCUGAGAUUAUGGAACCAGCCUGGAGUCAGUAAAAUCACUGCAACAAGGGGAAUGGUUCAACUCAAAACAUGUCUCCUGUUGAAUUAAACUGAAGAAGGGUCCCGACCCGAAACGUCGCCUAUUCCUUUUCUCCGGAUCACUCCAGUAUUUUAGUCUACUCCAGAGUUAAACCAGCAUUUCCUUCAUUUACAGAGACAUUCAACUUACAGCUACCUACCUUCGACAUGAGGAGUGAGCAGUGUGUUUGGCACAUUGUUGGGUGGGAAGGUGCAAUAUUGACUCACAAUGUACUUUCUCCGGGCCAGCUUGUAAAGAGGCAAACUGCCCUCCCCAGCUGAUGCAGGUGUACAGUUGCUCUGCCUUGUAAGUCAGGUCUGGUGGUUGUUGGAUAGCCCUGUUGUAAAAGGUGCAACCAACCCCGUUACAAAUGGCUGAAUUUCAGUCUUGAGUUGGCAGCGGCCCAAAGAGAGUUUACAAACCGUCAAAGAUGUAUUUACUUGGCGUCAUGAAGAACAAGAAAAUAUUGCAUCCGGCUCUUAGCCCAGUUUAGGACCACCUCCAUCCACCAUCCACCUACCUGCACAAAAAUGUAAUACGUUUACCCUGAAAGUUAUGUGUGACUUCAUCUUGUUACGGUUGAUAUAAUUUGUCUAACUUAUCAUAGGGCCUCCGAUGAGAAGCCUCACACAGACUAAAUAAUGCCCAAGGAUGCGGAUUCAGGAGACGUGUUUUAGUUUAGCCGGAGCAUGAGGAGAGCUAACAAAGUGCUAGGUGUUUAGUACUAGAGGAAUGGAAUUUUGAAUAAAAGUGAAGUUUUGCUAAGCCUGCAUUAGUUGGCCCGGUCUUGGAGGGCUGGGUACACUUCUGGUGACCAUAUUGCAGAGAGAAUGGAGAGACCCUGCAGAGAAGAUUGACGUGAUUGAUAUCAGAAUGUCUACACUGAGAACACAUUAACAGACAGGAUCCUUCCUUCUCUCGAGAAACAAUGGUUGA